AUGUCACACACCGUCAUCGCCAUCGUCGCGUCGACCCCGCGGCCGACGCUUGCCAUCGGCAGGUCCUUGAAAAAUGACAUGCCCUGGCCGCGAAUCAAAUCCGAAAUGUCCUAUUUCUCCCGUGUAACCCGUCGCGUACCCCCCGUCCCCACCAACUCUCCAUUCAAAUACUCCAACGCAGUAAUCAUGGGUCGAAAAACAUGGGACUCCCUUCCGCCAAAACACAGACCGCUCCCAGGGCGCAUAAACGUCGUAGUCUCACGGACCGCAUCGUCUACUACACCAACAUCCGAUGAAAUAUGGGUAGGGAGUAUCGAAGAAGGUGUACGACUUUUGAAACAGAAAUUCCCGGUCCCGACGGUGUCGUCUUCUGAGGAAUCUUCGUUGUCGGAUUGUGGUGGAGAACCCGUGGUGGCACUUGAUAAGAUUUUUAUCAUCGGUGGGGCGGAGAUAUAUAAACUGGCUAUGGAGUUACCCAAGACGAGCGACGCUUAUUUGGCGUGUAUUCUUCAUUCUACGAUAUUACAACCGGAUUAUUCUAGUGAGGAAGGUGUUGAUGUGUUCUUCCCGGCUAUUGAUGAGAAUCAAUGGACGAAAGGGAGUGUAGACCGUCUUAUUGAAGUUACGGGCGAGGAAUUGGAGAAAGUAGAAGGGAUUCAGGAAGAGGGGGAUGUAAAGUUUGAAUUUGGGAUCUGGGAACGAAAUUUAUAA